CAAACUUUUUCCCUUUUUCUUGAUGCCACAAACUACAGAUAGGUGAAUCCUCCCGUUCAGUUAUACUACACCAGUGUGACAGUGUGUAAUGUGUUCGUGUCCGUGUCUCAAGUUGAAACGUUGUGUCGUGUUUGGCAUUGUCUAAGAAAGAGGGAGAAAUGGGAGUAGUGAACAGAAGAAAUUCUGCAGCUCAUACCAGUAACCAAAACAAAACAACUUCAAUUCAACUCCCUUUAGGAAUUUUUGGAACAGUGCUGGCAGUGUUGUUCAUUGGGUUUGUAGCAUGGAGUUAUCAAACUAUUCAACCUCCUCCUCCAAAGAUAUGUGGAUCUCUUAAUGGUCCCACUAUAACAGCACCCAGAAUCAAACUAAGAGAUGGAAGGAAUUUAGCAUACAAAGAGCAUGGUGUCCCAAAAGAUGUUGCCAAGCAUAAAAUCAUCUUUGUCCAUGGUUUUGAUGCUUGCAGGCAUGAUGCCUAUGUUGCCAAAACACUAUCACCUGAUGUUGCUGAGGUAUUAGGGGUUUACAUUGUAUCUUUUGAUAGACCUGGGUAUGGGGAAAGUGAUCCUCAUCCAAAUCAAACAGUUAAGAGCCUGGCAUUGGAUAUAGAAGAACUUGCUGAUAAAUUGGGAUUAGGGUCCAAAUUCUACAUAAUAGGUUUUUCUUUGGGUGGCCAGGUUGUUUGGAGGUGCCUUAAGUAUAUCCCUCACAGGCUGGCAGGUGCAGUGCUCAUAGCCCCAGUUCUCAAUUACUGGUGGGCUGGUCUUCCUGCAAACUUAACUAAUGAAGUUUUCUACCAACAAAAACUACAAGACCAGUGGACAGUUCGUGUGGCUCACUACAUACCAUGGCUAACUUACUGGUGGAACACACAAAAAUGGUUCCCAUCUUCUAGUUUAAUUGCUGACAGUAUAGAUCUUCUUUCCCUUCAAGACAGAGAACUUUUGCCUAAGAGGUCUGAUCGAAAGAAUCAUGUGGCUCAGGUAAGACAGCAAGGUGAACAUGAAACUGUUCACCGAGACUUAAUUCUCGCAUUUGGUAGCUGGGAAUUUAGUCCAUUGGAUCUGGAAAAUCCAUUUCCAAAUAAUGAAGGUUCGGUCCAUAUUUGGCAAGGAGAUGAAGAUUUGAUAGUGCCUGUUAAAGUGCAACGAUACAUUGCACAAAAGCUUCCGUGGAUUCAGUAUCAUGAGCUUCAAGGUGCAGGCCAUUUGUUCCCUCAUGUUGAUGGAAGAAGAAGAUGGUGAUUGAGGAGGGUGACAUGAAGUCGCAAGGGGAGGUGGAAUCACGGGUCCAACAAGAAGCGAAUUACAAGAACCACAACUACCAUUCUCCAUUAUUCUCAUCACAUGAAGUUGUUGGGGAGGCUUCUGGUGGCUAUGUUGGAAAUGGGAAGAGGGAUCAUAAUGGUGGUGGGUAUCAUUGUUUUGGAGGAGGUGGUGGGUAAGGGUGGGGCCCACAAUGGAGAUGGGUGGGCCUGAGUCCGACCAAUUCGUCUGAUGGGAUAGGGAAUAAUGGAAGGCAGUUUGGGCUUGAGAGGGAGAAAGAGGGUGGUGGAUUGUCAUGUGGAAAAGGUGGUGGAGAGAAGGCAGAGGAGGUUGAUCAAGAAUAGAGUCAGCUGCCAGAUCUAGAGCCAGAAAACAGGCAUACACAGUGGAAUUACAAGCAGAACUGAACCAAUUGAGAGAAGAGAACGCCCAACUGAAACAGGGCUGGUACUGCCAAAUAACAUGAACUUCUGCAGAGUGAUGAAAGUUUUCCUCUGUUGUUGUUAUGUAUUGAAGUAUUAGUAAUUCAAUUAUACUGACAAGGAUCUUGCUUUUAUUCUUCAUGCCGAGCCCGAGAGGAAAAGAAAGCAACAGGUAACCACACUAACCAAUAAUGAUCCAAUUAAAUUCUUGUUUGAAGUUCA